UGAAAACGUGCCGAAAGGUCACGCAAAACCGACGCAUUGGCCCGACGAUGCGGCAAAAUCAUGGCGCCGUCGCUUCUGCGGAACUGCGAAAGGACCACAUGCAUAGCAUGAAGAAGGACAAGGAGCCAACGCCGUCGACGCAUCAACUGCGGCUCCUCCACUUCACGGCGCAUGCCCGGCAAAAGUUGGCGGCAAAGCGCGAGAUCCACGACAUGGUGAAUUACGUGAUCUUCCUGGCGCUGUUCUUGACCGUGGCCAUCAUGUCCACAAAUGGCGACGACCUGUUCAAGUUUAGUAAGCUCGUGCGGUCGCAUCUGGCCGUGCGUCCCUUUCAACUGAUCAACACGUCCGUGUACAAGUCGUACGCGGAUGUAUCCAACCUGGACGAGUUCUACGAGUACUUGGUCGGGCCCUUCUGGGGGGCGCUCUACGGUGGGGAUUCCUACGAUGGUGACGUCACGCUGCCGUCCGUGUUGAACACUACCACCACGAACAAGACUUACGUCAACUACAACCGGGGGUACCUUGGCGGCGUGGGUCGCAUUCUUGGCACGAUACGGCUUGGCCAAGUCCGCGUGGCAGCCCACGCGUGCGACAACCUCGCUCCUGAAGGGUCGACGUGGUGCUUUCCAGAGUACUCGUCGUCGACGGCAUCCACCGAGAGCUUUGGGCUCGGCCAUGAGCCGUACGAGGCCGUUCACACGCACUUGGACGAGCCCAGGUACAUUUCGAUCACGAAUCGCGUGUACCCCGGUCCGGAUUUUACUGUCGAGAUCCCAAACACCGAGUCCAUCGACUGCGACGUCAUGACGAAGGAGCACUGCACGGUGUACAAGAUGCUCGACGACCUGCGCGCCAACAAGUUCUGGGACCUGGCGACGCGGGCGAUUUUCGUCGACUUGAGUGUGUACAACCCACAUUGCAAUGCGCUGGCCGUGGUGCGGCUGUUCCUGGAGCAGACAGACGGCGGCGGAAUCAUGCCGUCGAUCUCGGUCCGGCCAUUCGUGGCGCACUUGUCGUUCGACUCGACCCAAACGUCGUUCAUGCUCGUGUGUGAAGGCCUGCUGUACCUCGUUGUGUGCCAUCAAGCAUUCGUGGCCGUUCGUAGCCUCCGCACUGUCGGGAUCAAGUACUACGCCGUGCGCGCCAACAUCGCGAACGAUAUCAAUAUCGUCUUCUUCUUUGUUGUCCUCGGACUCAAGGUUCUCACCCAUGCGAGCAUGCCGACCGAAUUCCAAGAUGACGUGUACGUGAACGUCCGGUCCAGUGCCAACUACGACUACUUGUCCCGCAGCGUCAACAGCUUGAACUGCUUCCUCUCGGUGCUCAAAGUAUUCAAGUACCUCUCAUUCAUCCCGACCUUCAGCGUUCUCACGGCGACCGUGUCCGGCGCCGUCGACGAGCUCAUCGGCCUCUUUGCCAUGAUUGCGAUCCUCCUCUUUGGCGGGAGCUUGGCGUUUACGAUCGCGUUUGGGACCAUGCUGCGCCACUACAGCAUCGUCGUCAACAGCUUGUACGUGUGCCGCUCCGUUGCAUGCCCCAUGCAACCGUCGCAUCCACUUGUCCUGGUCUCGGUCCGUAGCUACUCGCUGAUGGGCAUCUUCACCCUCAAGUUUGACGCGGAAGAAAUUUUUGACGGGAAUCGCGUCCUCGGCCCGCUGUUUUUUGUCGUGUUUGUGUCGCUUAUCAUCCUCGUCAUCAUGCACAUGCUCAUUGCGUGCUUUGCAAACGCGUAUUUGGAGCAAAAACAGACGCAGAUGCAACCCAAAGAAACCCAACUGCACACGCUUGGAGCGGACAUUUGCGACCACAUCUUGCAUAACAUGAUCUUUGCCAUGCCGGUGGUGGGGCACCGUGUGUUUCUACCGUUGUACAUCUAUGCGAUGAAAGCCAUGAAGGACGCGCCGGCGCUCACGUCGGGCGACAGUCGAAUGAAGUCGACGGACCGACGGGGGGCAGUCCAUCUGCUUGAAGAGAAAUCGUCACGGGAGGCGGUGAAAGCCCCAGGCACGAACCGCGUGUACCCUAUCCAGGAAGACCCAACGGCGGUGGAAUCGGAUGAUGGGGCACCAGCAACGUUCGACAAUUUGCUGCGUGAAAUGGCGGAAGAACGCAUGGCGUUCGCAAACGAAGUCGAGCUCAUGCUCAAGCAUUUGAACGAACUCCAGACGAAACAGUCUGUGGCACAUGCGCGAGAACUCGUUCAAGUUUUGGCCACUGCCCAUGAGCUCGAGGAACGGCUCAACUCCAACCUCCAUGAGAUUUUAGAGUGAACACACACGACAAUUGUGCCAACAGUGAAUUCCAUUGAUGCUUCGUGCAUGCAGAAAUCGGCAACGCUUCGAGCUCGCGGUGUCGUCCUCGUCGAGGCGACGAGGGUGAAAAGCGUUCUGUAGCGACGAUCAGAUGCUCUUGACCGUCGGCAAUCGCAAC